UCGCCAUAUUGAGCGGCAGCUACCCCCUUCUCGAAUGUAGACCUUUUUUGGAAGUACUGGUGCUUUCAGGACAACUGGGGGGGAAACGAGGUUAAAUAAUGACGUUAGUGAACUUCAGGUCGGAGCUCUAGAAAGAUACCCUAGUAUCCGACUUGGAUGGCUGUUCAAAACGAUUUUCCAAAUCGGAGCGAACGUAUUUUGACAUUAUAACGGUUGCAGAGUUGUCUAAUGGGGCAAUAAAUUGUAAAUUAUUGGACAAUAGAGGAUAUUCGUCAAAUCCAACGUCUCCUCUACCAAGAUACUGGUGCAGCUAGCUAACGUUAGCUAGUAACAAAAAAAAAGCUACCUUUGGCUAGCAGCUACCUGCAGUAACCCUCAUGUUUACUGUGCGCCAUGCAAGCUUUAGUCGCACAUUAGUCAACUCCCAAACUCACAUUUAACGUUGAAAAGUCUUUGCUAUUAAUCGUUUGGGGAGAAAAGGUUGAGCUCCAGUAGGACUGUAAACUUCCGUUCCGUACUAAAACCGGAAGUGGCGUAAUAUUUGUGCUGCCAUCAGGUAGGUGGCUAGCAACUCCGCGUUUUCCAAGUUAUAAUAAAUAUAUUUAUAUAUGAGACGUGACUUGAUACGUUGCUGAUUUAAGGAUUACUGCCCCUACUAGAAUGCGAGAUCAUCUAAAUAGCUAGAACUCUAUGAAAAGGACAGAAACAGAGAGAGCAAGCUAACAGAAGUACUAGCAUCGUUAGCAUAGGUGGGUGGCUGUUUUGUUUGCUGCAGUACUGUUAAUGUCAGAAGCUGGCCUUUAUUGAUAAAGCACCGUAUAUGGAUCCUCACAUCAGUGUUAAAGACGAACCCACUAGUGAUGAUGACGUUACACACAGCUGGUGCAACCCUGUCCAGCCCUCACAAAUGGACUACAGUCAUGAAGGUGCUGUUGAUAAGUCUGGGUUGGAACCAGAGGACCUUCCAGGCCUCCGUGAGGCAAGAAAACCAACAUUCAAUGUGAUUGUCAAAGAGGAGGAGGAAGAUGAGGAUGAUGAGGAUGAUGAGGAGGACAUGGUUGACCGAGGUUCAGACACCGACUACACACCAAGUCCCGCUGUGGUAGUGAAGGUGGGAGAACCCAAAGCACCAAAGAAUAAGAACACAGUAAAGAAACUCCACCAGUGCCCCGACUGCGGUAAAACCUUUGAGAGGCUGUCGCGUCUGAAGAGGCACGAGCCAUCACACUUGAGGAAGAGCAAGCACCCGUGCCCUGACUGCAACCAGUCUUUUGGCAACCUCUCAGUCCUGAAGAAACACAGGGGAACACACAAGAGCACCGAGAAGCCGACUCACCAGUGUCAACAGUGUGGCAAGACGUUUGAGAAGCUGUCGCGCCUCAGAAGGCACCAGCCCGUACACCAGAGGAGAAAGAGGAUGGACCACCCGUGUCCUAAAUGUGGCAAGACCUUCAAGAAGUUAUCCGGCCUGGUUCGGCACGAGCGAGGACACACCGGAGAGAAACCGUUCCCUUGCUCCCAGUGCGGGAAGAGCUUUGCCGACGACCGUCACCGGAAAGUGCACGAGCAGGCUCACCAAGGGAAGCUGGAGAGACCCCACCGCUGCGCUGACUGCGGGAUCUGCUUCCCCAAACCAUCCGAGCUUCGACGGCACCAACGCGCUCACACGGGAGAGAAACCGCACCGCUGCCCUGACUGUGGGAAGGCCUAUUCCCGGUCAGAGACUCUGAAGAGGCACCUUCUCAUCCACACGGGGGAGAGACCUCACCUCUGCACUGAUUGUGGGAAAAGCUUCAUUGACUUGCAGCAGUUGAAAUCUCACCAGCGGAUUCACACUGGAGAGAAACCAUUCCACUGCCCCGUGUGUGGGAAGGGUUUCUCACAGAGGGGUAACAUGAGGGCACACCAUCGGACUCACACAGGGGAGAAACUUCACCACUGUGCCGACUGCGGGGCCAGUCUCUCCACAUCUUCUAGUUUAAAAGAGCAUCAGCUCAUUCACACAGGAGAGAGGCCCUUCCAGUGUCUGGUCUGUGGCAAACGCUUUCUGCACGUCUGGAGACUCAGAAAACACCAGAAGACACACACACACACACACACACACACACACCGGACUAAGACACACACCGGACUAACACACACAACGGACUAACACACACAACGGACUAACACAUGCCGGACACACGCUGGAUACACAUAAGGAAGACGUCUCUGUGUGCUUUGAAAGAGCAGCAACUGUAGUGUUGUACUACUACUAUUAAUACUACUAAUAUGAAUACGACUAAUAUUAAUACUACUAAUAUUAAUACUACUAAUAGUUAAUACUACUAAUAUUAAUACUAGGAUUGUGGGUUCAAUUCCUGGGACCACCCAUACGUGAAUGUGUGCAUGCAUGACUGACUUUGGAUAAAAGCAUCUACUAAAUGACUGUUAUUAUUAAUGUCAGCAACCCAGAACCAACACAAAUAAUUUAAUUAACUUUAAUAGCUUGCAGUAGGGAUCUGCUUGUGAGUAUUAAAAUGACAUGUGUAUAGAGGAGGUGUACUACAAAGCAGGAUCAAUUAGUUAUCCAGCUAACUUUGAUAAGCAACCAGAAAUAUCUAUUGAUUUUUCUGACUAAUUAAUGCAUUCAAAAUGAGAUAUGCGUUGUUGGUUGAGUCAGCUAUACAAUGCCAAUUCCAAGCUUCUCUUUCUAAAAACAAGAAAAGGUCAUAUCAGAGUAUUUAGACAGGCUGACUCAUUGAAUGGUCUUUGUAGUUUAGCCCUCUGGUCUACGCCUCGUCCCAUUUUAAUCAACACUGAACAAUGCUCUUUAUACGUCUGACAUAACUAUUUUAAUGGUACAUUUAAUAGGCUGGUGUUUUGUAUGUGUGUGUGUGUGUGUGUGUGUGUGUGAGUACACGUUUUACUAUACUUGUGAGUACCAGAAGUCCUCAUGAAUAGUAAACUAACUAAAAUCCAGAGAAGGACUUUUUUUUUCAGUCUUCACUUGUAAAAAGGUUAUUUUAGGCUUAGGGGUUAGGUUCACAGUUAGGGUUUAGGGGUUAGGAAAAAUAGGAUUUUGAAUGGGAAUCAAUUGUUGGUCCCCAAAAAGUCCUGCAAUGAAACCCAUUAUCUGUAGUCUAGGUAACGGUCUCUCCAGCUAACAUCCCACUCCUCGUCACUCCUCGUCACUCCCAAAGAGACUGGCCUUUCAGCCAUAGAAAUAUGAAUAGAAAGGUGUCAACAUUCAAGUCAAUGAUGGCAUAAUGGGUGGACUGGCAGCCAUUUUGAGUGUAUCCAUGCCAGGAAGUAAAAGCAGGAAGUGUACCCUUUAAUCUGUGCUGUGAUUUGUUGAGUGAACUAAACUGAUGUUUAAAAAAAUAUAUACAUUCCAUUGCAUGAGCCACAUCAGUUAGUAUCAUUUGAAUGAGCAUUUUACAUUACCAUGGCAACCCAGCAUCAGCUGAUAGAACAUUUCCAAAAUACCAUGAACAUUAUUGCAUCAAUAUUGUUCAAUAUGCACUGGAUUUAUGGCGGAGUUGCUCCUUGGCUGUUGGAAAUAACAUUCAUAUUUUCCAUGACAACAUGUGGAGCCUCAAUUAGAAUACAAAGUAAAAACAACAUUUAGCUGUUAGCUAGGCAAGUUAUUUUUAGGUUUCAAAAUCUAAACGGAGGUUUUGUGGUUGGAAUUGAAGUAGGUAUUUACUUCAUUUAAAUUCCAGUCAAUUCAGUACACUGAAAUGUCAAUUCUCUUCAAUACUUUUCAAUGAGGGAAAUGUGGAAUUGGAAUAGUUUACUUUCUGAAUUGACUGGAAUUGACCUCAACCCUGCACAAAAGCCCAUAUUUGUCCUCGAGGCUUCCACAUCGUUUACUUUUUUCCCCCAUUAUUAGCCAAAUAAUGGCCAUUCUGCACAACAAAAACAUUCAGACAGGCCCACCCAUUGGGCUAAUGAUGGACUAGACCAUCACUGUUGCCAAUCGACCCUAUAUUAUAGGCUACCCUUGCCUUGCCCCAGUCAUUCUAUAAGUAUACAAUGAUAUGUUGUAUGGUAGGGUAUACUUUAUUCUGUAGACACUAGGAAAUACUCUGACAGGUUACAUUAUGAUUACAGUGUGCUGUAUUCUAGUAAAUACUCUGAUAGUUUACAUUAUUACUAUUCUACUAGAUUCUAGGAUAUAAUCUGAUACAUUAUGAUUCUAGGAUAUACUCUGAUAGGUUACAUGAUUCUACUGGAUUCUAGGAUAUACUCUGAUAGUUUACUGCUAAGAAGGCCAGCACCCCGGAAUCACCUCUUCACUGUUGACGUUGAGACGGGUGUUUUGCGGGUACUAUUUAAUGAAGCUGCCAGUUGAGGACUUGUGAGGCGUCUGUUUCUCAAACUAGACAUUCUAAUGUACUUGUCCUCUU